CCGAAGUCAUGAUAUAGCUGUGCGUUCGAUGCGGAUGGGAUUCCGGGACUUUGCCCGCGAAUUGGUAGGCGUUGUGGGAGCCGAGGUGAAUCAUCGCCUCGAGAAGACUGAUCGUUUUUGUGUUGGCGCCAUUGAAGGCGUCAAGGUGGCAGCUCCCAAGGAGGAAGAGCCGCGUCCUCGUAGGGAGCCGGUCAAAGUCAAAUUCCCUGAUUCCUACAGUGGGAAAAGGGAAGAAAACUUUGACAACUGGGAGGCCAACGUCAAGACCUAUGUGCAUCUGCAACAGGUCUCCCCAGAUCAACACGUGUUAAUUGCCAUUCAUGCGCUUAGAGAUGAGGCCGCCAGUUUCGCAAGGUCCCUAGUCCGCGCUGCCAACUGCAACAAUGAUGCAGUGGCCUACUCAUCGUUCACCACCCUCAUUAAUUUCAUGAAAUUGCUGCGCGAGCGAUUUGCUGAUGUCGCUCGCAGUGUCAAGGCCUCAGAAAAGCUCCAGACCAUCCACGCUCGUAAAUGGACGAGUGCCAGGGCACUCAAGGAUACGAUGAAUGAAUUGGUAGUUGUCGCUAACCAUGGGGUCACAGAGGUCGGCCUCUUCUAUCGGGCUAUGCCCGAAGCCUUUCGAGGGCAGUUCUUAGCGAAGAGUGAAGAUCGUGCCACCACUUAUGAUUCCCUUAGCCGUGAAGUGGUGGCUUUCGAGGCGAAGUCGGUGUCACUUUCUGCCUUCUGGCACAAAGACCUCGACAAAGGAAAGCAAUGGAAAGGCCACACUAUCUCAAGGCAAGUAAAGACCAAGGAUAGCCUUGUCCUUACCUUAGAUGAAGGUAGUGUGGACGGGAUCCCCUACGAGCAGAUUGAGCGGGGGUUAGAGAAGGAGGACAGCGGUGCGAGUCAGGGGAGAACUUACGUUGUUGUCGCAGCUGGAGGGAGGCCGCAAGGAGGAGGGCGAGGCCAAGGCCAAGGGGGUCGGGCCUCAGGGAGUCGGUUUCAGGGCGAUCAGGGGUUGGCGGCAGAGGAGGAAACCGCCAAGCGGGAGGAAAUGGUCAAGGUCCCCCGCAAAACCGUCCUAGGAAUAGGUCUCCCUAUAGGUUCAUCUCCAUUUGGAGGGCCUGUUCUCUUUGUCCCCAAGAAAGAGGGCGAGUUGAGGAUGUGUAUAGACUAUAGGGGCCUGAAUGCUGUUACAGUGAAGAAUGAUGAGCCACUACCUAGGAUAGACUUGAAGUACUUCUCAAAGAUAGAUUUGAAGUCCGGAUAUCAUCAGAUAGAGGUGCAUUCUGAUGAUCAGUAUAAGACAACCUUCCGGACUAGAUAUGGGCACUAUGAGUUCAUAGUGAUGCCCUUUGAACUAACCAAUGCGCCAACGACGUUCCAGCGCUGCAUGAACGAUUUGUUUAGGCCAUGGUUAUAUAGAUUUGUUGUUGUCUACUUAGAUGACAUCUUAGUGUUUAGCAAGACCCUCCAAGAACAUCAGGGUCAUCUCAAGCAGGUCUUGGAGAAGCUGAGAGAAGCUAACUUCAAGAUCAAUGCAAAGAAGUGCGAUUGGGCGAAGACCCAAGUCUUAUAUCUAGGCCACGUCUUAGAUGGAGACGGCGUUAAGCCAGAAGAUUGUAAAAUCGCAGCGAUUAGAGAUUGGCCGACGCCACGCAUGCUGACAAAGUUGCGAUCGUUUUUGGGCUUAGCUAACUACUAUAGGAAGUUCGUGAGGAACUUCUCCACUAUCGCUGCGCCCCUUCGCAGAUUACUGAGGAAGGAAACCAUCUGGAAGUGGGAUAAGGACUGCACAUCUGCUAUGAAGAAGCUGAAGCAGGCACUAAUAGAAUAUCCAGUCCUUAAGGCAGCCGAUCCGUCCUUGCCCUUUGUCGUCACUACGGAUGCGAGCCAGUACGACAUAGGUGCGGUGUUGCAGCAAGACGAUGGCAAUGGUUAUAGACCCGUAGAGUUCAUGUCCGCUAGGAUGCCUUCAGAGAAGGUUGCGACAUCUACCUAUGAGAGGGAACUCUACGCUCUCAGGCAAGCAUUAGAACACUGGAAGCAUUACUUGCUUGGGAGGCUCUUCAAAGUCUAUUCUGACCACGUGACAUUGCGAUGGUUAAAGACGCAGGCCAAAAUGACACCUAAGCUUACUAGGUAGGCCGCAGAAAUUAGAUCAAUAUGACUUUGAGCUCAAGCCGGUCAA